AUGAGGGGAUGCCUCACCUGUCGGCUGCGCCAUCUGAAAUGUGACAAAACUGGAGCAAAAUGUAUGCGCUGCCAAAGAUCUGGCCGGGAAUGCAUCCCUGCGCCUGGAAAGUCGGAGGAGCUUUCUUUUCGCCAUGGCCAGAAUCCAUCCUUACGCGGAAAGGGACCCCCGAGGUACGGGGAGAGUGAUUUGACCUUCCCGGAUGACCAAAUCUGGGUGGAAUCUUCCUCCGAAUACUCCUUCAAAGAUGAAACCGACCAGACGGCCGCUGAGUAUCAUGUUAUCCCAGUGACAGGCCAUUCAGCCUCAAGAUCACCAUCUGAAGCCCGAUCUACACCAUCAUCCAUCAUGGAUCCCUCUCUGCCAGGUGCGAGUACUUCGGUGCCUUUCUACAUCGCAGACUCACGAGGGGGUUCUCGUUCUACCUCUGCGCAUUCUCCUCAAUCAUCCAGUACGCCCGUGUCCACGCCCAGACUGGCCAAUGUCAACGAAGCCUAUCUGCUUCGACAUUUCCAACGACACCUCGCACCAUGGCUUGAUGCCGGUGAUCCCGAGAGACACUUUUCCGCGGAUGUAGCGGGGCGAGCCAGUGAAUCUCCUCUCCUUUUGUACGCCUGUCUAGCUGUGUCGGCAUGUCAUCUUUCCAGAACGGCAAAUACCAUCUCGCCCGAUGUCGCAGAUAGCUAUCAUGAGCGUUGUGUCUCGAUCAUGCUUCCGGUACUUGACAAGCCGGAGUUUGAAAUCGGCAUCGACAUUCUACUAAGUUCGACCGUGAUCCUCCGCUUCUUCGAACAGAUCUCCUCCCACACACCCUCCAACGACCCACAGCGUCAUCUCCUCGCAGGCUCCGUCUAUAUCAGUUCACAUGUAGACUGCGCUAUCUCCGGCGGCCUCGCAUCAGCCUCGUUCUGGGUCUUCGUGAUCCAAGACAUCCAGUUCGCUCUUACGUACCAAAAAUGUCUUCGGCUCACGUUUGCACCGUUCGACGACCGCCUGCGAGGGUGGUGGGUCGCCAAGCCGGUCCUUAGCGACGGCGACUGGGUCAACCGGGCGAUCUGGAUCCUUGCUGAGACCAUUGACUUUUGCUAUAAUGUCUCGGGCAACAAUUAUGGGGGCCAUUUAGGGGUCGCGGGGGAGAAUGUGCUCAAGCAGCGGAUUCGGGAUUGGGAGGUUGGGAGGCCCGAUACAUUUGUCCCGUUGCAUGUUUCGCCGCCGGAUCAUAGGGCGGGAAAGCCUUUUCCUGUGGUUUGGUAUACGACGCUUUGGCAUUCUACCGCGGUGCAACAUGUGUGUCUCGCCAAAGCAUUGAUGCUAAUCCGCGAAUACGAAGUAUACGAUUACACCCUCGAGCAGCGUACCAAAGUCAAGGAACAAAUAUCAGAGAACCUGAACUACCUAUUCGGCAUAGCCUUUUCGGCAGACGACGAGCCGUCCCUGCGGAUCAUGGCUUGCCACGCACUCUGCGCUUGCAGCGCAUGGAUAGAUGAUCCCCUUGCGCAGAACUUGUUGUUUGAUCUGCUGCGUCGGACGGAGAGGGAUAAUGGGUGGCCGUGGGCGUAUGUUGAGCAACGAAUUCUUCAUGCGUGGCAGCAAAAUUCACGAUAA